AUGGACUAUGGUCCUCAAACAAGAACGAUAGAAGAACAGGAAAUAAUUGAGCAUUAUAUCACUGAAUCGAGACGCACGGUCCCGUUCACGAGUACGGAUUCAGCGUUGGACCGUGAGCUGAUCACAGAGACAACAGAACGGCGAUUCGAAGAACGUUUACCUUAUCCUCCAUAUCCGAGGGCAUCCGAAAAUCUUUUACAGCAACAGCAACAACAACAACAACAACAGCAAACAUCAUCAUUCGGCGGUAUUGCUGGGAGUGACUCAGAUAGGAGGUUCGUUUUUAAGAGGACUCAUUCGGCUUAA